AUGGCCGAUCUGGACGAUUUCUUCGCGAAAAAGGAUCGCAAAAAGUCAAAGUCGGUCAAAAAGUUUGCAACCGCCGAUGAACUGGCGAAAAAAUUGGAGGACACAAAACAGAAGGCCGACGUGAAACCGAAGAAAGAGCGUCCGGUUCAGGAAGGCGAAGACGCGGGUGGUGCUGGGGAAGAAGAAGAAUGGAAAGAGUAUGCAGAACCAGUGAAGGAUUACACGGGGCUCAAAAUUCAGGUGCUGCAAGGUGGGGCUGGAGCCCCCGAGUCUGGCCGGGAACAAUUGAUGGAAGAUGUCACAUCAGAAAACUCCAAGAACAAAGGACCCUGGAACAAACCUGUAGAAGCAGAACAAGUAGUGGCGAAGCCUGCACCGCCUCCAGAAGAGGAAAAGUCACGAGCCCCAGCCGCAUAUUUACCUCCCCAGUCGAGACAUCGGCCUUGCGAUGGACCGGUCCGUCGGACGCAGAAUGUAAAUAAAGCUUCGUUGGAUAUCCACAACGAGGAUUACUUUCCAGUUUUGGGGGCGGGGGCGAAGCGCGGCGCUAGCCAGGUCAAGAUGCAGUCAGACGAAUAUAAAUACUAA